UUAUUGUCUUGCUGUGGUCCAUCUUCUAAUGCCCAUUGAUCCUCCCUCCAUUCAGAGUCAGCUCCUCUAGCUCAGCUCUCAUCUUCCGGUACUGCUCCUGUGCCUCUCUCUCCCUGGUGCUGACAAAUGCAACCUCGGCCCUGAGAGCUCCAAGACGUCUUUGAAUCGCGGCCUCCUCUGAUGUUUGCAGGACCUUGAACCCACUCAGCGCAGCCCUGGCCUUUUCCAAAGCCUCGUGGGCCUCCCCAAUCUUCUUGCGCAGCAUCCCGGCCCGGUUCUUGUACCCGCCCAAGUGCAGAUUCAACUUCUUUUCCAGUUUAUUGCCCUUCUCUGCGGAAGCAAUCAAGGCGUCGAUAGCAGUCUGAAUCAUGUUAGCCCAUACACAUUCUUGAGUUUCCCGCCCCUGUGUGUGGGAGACGUGUAGAAGAACUUACGUCCAGUGCCGAUCGCAUGAUGGCAAUAUUUUGCUCCUCCUCGCUGUCAUCCUCAUCGUCAUAGCACCCAAGACCCAGCAACAGGGCGUUGGUAUUGUUCCUGUUGUACACUGCCUGGACAGCCUCCGGCUUCGGCUUUUCCCUCAUCUCCAUGAGAAUCUGAAGGCGAGCCUCUUCUAGAGAAUCAUCUUCCAAACGGGCGAUAUCCACCGGCUUCACGUUUGGUGGCGCCCCUGGAAGUGGGUAUUUGGUCGCAUCAUGUGCCAUCAACAGGGCUGCUUCCUUCGCCACCAGCUUCUCCACCUCACUCUCGUCACUCUUGCUCAGCUCUGCGAAUGUAGCUUUCCAGUCUACAUAUACUGGCCUUGGCAAGUCCCUUUGCAUGACCUGGGUCCGUCUCUUGCGCUCCAAGUACUCGCGGGCUUCGCGGAUCUGCCGCUCUCUGCGAUCUCGCUCUGCCGCAUCCUCCUCCGUCUCCUGCGCAACAGCCGGCUCCUGUUGCUCAUCCGGCAGUUCCAAUUCCCAAUCAGUUUCCUUGGGUUUGGGAAGGGCGGCAAGUCUCUCCUUGAGUUGGUGUCGGAGAGAUAGAUCGCGCAGUCUGGCGUCGUUAGGGGUUCCUCCAACCAUGGACAUUUCAUCAUCGUUGGCGUUCAGCGCGAAGCUAUCGCGAGGCGUGCGAUGAGGAGUUUGGCCAACCCUGGCUGGAGUAGCGCCGACCCCAUUCGCGACCGACCGGAAAGGGGUUGCCAGCGGGUUUUCCGUGACUAUCACCUGCCUCCGUGGCGCUACCGAUUCGAACCCGGUUGAACCUGCACCCUCAUGGAGAGGGGUGUUCUCACCACCCAACAGAGAUGACUGCGUCUCAGUCAAGGCUCUAAUGUUCCGGAUCUCGUUCGCGAUGUGGUCUUCUUGCGCGGGAGCUCGAGGUGUUCUGAUCGGCGCGUUGGUGUUGAGCGUUGUGUAGUUGCCAACCAAGCCGCGGGUGGCAUCAUUGUCGCUCUCGCGAGCCAUCAUGCUUGCCCUUUCUCCGAUCAUGCCCAUCUUGACGAUUUCCUCCAACUCACUCUCGCCAACCUGAGGGGCUGGAAGCACUAGCGCUCUCCUCUUGCUGCUCUGCUCUGCCUCGCGCAUCUUCUGCAUCUGACCAGCCUUGAGCGCUGCCUGCAUCGACUGCGAGGGCCCCUCAUUCUUUUUUCGCUUCCUUUCACCCUCCUCAUCGCCCUCCCCCUUCCGCUUGUUGCCAACUUGCUGCUUCUUGGGGUCAAAAUGGGCUCGCUGCCACUCGUUGCGCGCAAUCUCCUCAGUCGUAUCGUAGAAUCCAGGGACAGCCUUCUUUUCGAACGGAAUAUCGGCAUUAUAGUCCAUCUGCCCCUUCUUCCUUGUUGUCACUUUGAUGUUGAUGCCGGCCGUUUUCAGCUCUCGUCGUUUCUGAAGCGCUGCCAGCCGUCUGGACUCCUCCUGCUGUCGUUCACGGGCCUUGCGCUUGGCCUUCUUGCCCUGUGUAUUGGCAAGACGGGCGCGCGCCUCGCUCAGCAUUUCCUUCUCGUCCUCGUCGAGAUCGAUGGUGUCGGGUCGGGCAGGCUUCGUUUCAGGAUCGGGAUCCACCUCGCCAGGGCGUAAACGACGAACAUCAUCGGCGGAUGGUGCCUGGGCUUCUCCUCCAUCGGGACCGGUCAGACCGAGGGACGAGGCUUCUCGUUGUUCGGCUUCGUCGAGGAGCUUCUGGUAGCGUUCGAGACACUGGUUGGCAGUGCGGCCGACAAUCGGGGCGAUGGUGCGCCAUUGCGUGGGCAUCAACUUUGCCAAAUGUAACAACUUUUCAUCCUCCUCCUUGCUCCACUCGAUCUUCUUGAUGCUGGGGUCGAGCCACUCGUUCCAUCUUGCCUUGCACUGUUUUGGUGUUUUCCGGGCCAAGAGCGACGAGACACGCGCCCACUGGUUCAGCCCGUACUUGCUGACGGACGCCUUGAGAAUUUCAUCUUCGAUGUUCGUCCAUACACCUCCUUUUACCACGGGCAUCUUGUUUACUGGUCGGUUUGAUGGGCCCGGUUGGCGAUGAUUGUGGAAUGUUGAAAAAGUUGGAACAGGCAAGUCACGGAAAAGUGGAAGGCGAAGCUGCGCGUGAGGCUUGGUUUGACGACUGGGCGUUGCACCAUUUGAUUGGGUGGAAAUCCAGAUGUAAGGACCCACACAAGCUUUUCAAGAUGGCUCUUGGCACUCUUUUGAUCCUUGUCAGCCCGCGUCUCCCAGCGCGUCGCAACUGACUUGCUUCCAACUUCCAAUUGACAGAAUCUCAACCACCGAAGCGCAAUCUCAACGGCGACUAGUUUUCGGGUAUAUACUCAGUCAAAUCUUUCAUUCCACUUGACCGAACAAUAUAGAGCGUUGCCUUUUUUUCUUUCUCUUUCGUUAACAGUUUCUACGUCAAAAAGCGAAUGUAUUGCGCCAUUGAUAGAGCUGUUCUCUACUCAGAGCAUCUUUUCGUCGAUACAAUAGAAACCAGUGCGUGAGCAAAUCCGCAACAAUGGCCGACCCAAGCUCCCCGCAACCUCCAAGGGAGACCACGCCUUCCUUGAUCUCUUCUAUACCUCAAAAGCGUGCGCUCCCAGACGACACCCACAGUCCCGCCGUUCCCUCGCCCCUCAAUCCCGAUGGGAAAUCCCAAAAAGUACAGAUUCAGCCACCAGCAGAAGAAGGAACAACCAUGGGACGAGAGAAACGGACGAAAAAGGAGUCUCUCAAAAAGAGAGAGUCCAAGGGCGCCACGGGAGGUGACAGCUCGAGGGCUUCACCAGCACCCAAGCCGAAAGAGCAACCUGGCGAGAUGGCGCCCUUGAGAUACAAGCUCGCGCCCCCAAAGAUCACCGACUUUGACCUUCCGCGUGGGCCGGUAUUCACCAGCCAUCACGAGGUACAAGAUUCCGAGGGGAGAUCAAUUGAGUUCUACGAGACGUCAGAUCAUGUCUACAACAAGAAGAACUUCCACUACACCCACUGUAUUGCUGAUCCCACGUUUCCGUCCAUGUUCUACUAUCGCAACACUGAGCCAGAACCGUAUGGCGCCCACCUGAAUUUCGAAGAUGCCGCCUCGCACAUGUAUUUCGACCAGCAAGGCACACAUGUGACCUCUGAUAAGGGCUUCCGGAUGGCUCGUGCCAAUGUCGCAGUAAGGGAAGGGCGUUGGUACUGGGAGUGCAAGGUCACUCGUGGAAUUUUGAAAAACAAAAACGAAGGCGAUCCAGAAUCCCAUGGGCACAUUCGUCUCGGAUUUGCGCGUAGGGAAGCCUCCCUCGAUGCGCCGGUUGGGUUUGACGCUUACAGCUAUGGAAUUCGGGACAAAUCUGGCCAGAAGAUUCACAUGUCUCGACCCAAAGACUUUUUCCCCGAAGGCGAGGACAUCAAAGAAGGAGACGUGAUUGGUCUCGAGAUCCAAUUACCUUCCGAGCGGCUGCACAGAAAAGUCGUUCAAGGGCACUACAACCCGGCCGUUGAUCUCAUCGCUGAAGACGAAGGCCAUCCCGACGGCAUCAUCGAGUAUCCCAACAUCAUCCGCGACCGUAUUCCGAUCCGCUUCAAAGCUCACAUCUACUUUGAAAAGAUCGACUACCACACCACCAAAGAGUUGGAAGAGUUGAUGAAUCCAAGUUCGGGACCUAACAAUUCCUCUGAACCUCCCAACCCGAAUCACACCUCUCCAGCGUUGCGCACCCUUCCCAACUCAUACAUCAAGGUCUACAAGAAUGGGAAGUUUAUGGGUACUCCCUUCACCGAUCUGUUAGCUUUCUUGCCCCCAGCGUCACGAAUGGUGAACAACCAACAAGCUGGCGGUAGCGGUGGGGCCGGCGUGUUGGGCGGCAGAGAUGUGCUUGAUGAUGGGUCGGUGGGGUAUUAUCCUGCCGUGAGUGUCUUUAGAGGAGGUGCCGUUGAGUGCAAUUUUGGGCCCAAUUUCUGGUAUCCUCCGCCUGAAUUUUCACAGCAACAACCGCAAGGGGAGGAUGUGAUUGUGGCCGAAGGUGAUGCUAGCCAGAAGCCAGAAGCGGGAGAAAAUCAGCCACGUGCGUUGGCGGAUAGAUAUGACGAGCAAAUAGUAGAGGACAUUCUCUAUGACAUUGUCGAUGAGGUUGGCUUCUGGUCUUUGGGUCUGGGGAGAGGUGGGAGUAAGGAUGAAAAGUUGGCUGAAGGAGGGACAGGCCUUGCUAUGCCACCAGGCGGUGGGAGGGAGGAGAUCAAGGAGUUGGUUCAGGAUGAUUAAUCGCUUGCUUG